AUGGAUGGCCAGCGCAGAGCUGAGUUCAUGAGGCAGGUACAUGAGAGGGCCCGAGCUAACAUCGAGCGCCGCACACGGCAGUAUGCAGAGCAGGCUAAUCAAGGCCGUCGCAAGGUGGUGUUCGAGCUCGGUGAUUGGGUUUGGCUUCACAUGCGCAAGGAACGAUUUCUAGAGCAGCGGCGUUCCAAGUUGCUUCCUAGGGGAGAUGGACCAUUUCAAGUAUUGGAACGGAUCAAUGAUAAUGCCUACAAACUAGACUUACCAGGUGAGUAUAAUGUCAGUGCUACCUUUAAUGUGACUGAUUUGAGUCCGUUUGAUGUAGGCGAUGCUGUGGAUUUGAGGACAAAUCCUCUUCAAGAGGGGGGAAAUGAUGCAGUCCAGAGCAGAGCUCUGGAUACCGCCCAGAGCAGAGCUCCGAAUGCAGUACAGAGUAGAGAUCCGAUGCAUGUUCCCAUUGGUCCAGUGACGAGAGCUAGAGCUAAGACGUUCAAGGCUAACUUAAUGGCUUUGGUGGAAGAGAUCUGGAAGCAAGAGCUGAGAAAGCCGAAUGGAGAAAGGCCGCCAGAGCAGAGUUCAAGAGUGGUAAAUCUUGUUACCUACAGAGUAGAGCAUACUGGCAGAGCAGAGCAGACCUGCAAAGCAGAGCAAACCUGCAGAGCUGAAGUGUUCAGAGCUGGAGUUUUUUUGAGCUGA